UCAAGUCAAUCUUGUUAAUCACGAUUGAUAUCUCCUAAAUUAAAAGCAUGUAUUGAUACUUUUCUCUCCAUGGGUUUAUAAAAAAAUACAGGACACUUGAUGGAUGAUAACAAUCAGAGGCCUUGUAUUCCAAAAGAAGAACCUGCCAUGGACACAGGUGACUGGAGAACUCAAUUGCCGCCUGAUUCACGUCAGAAGAUUGUCAACAAGAUAUUCGAAACACUAAAGACGUACCUUCCCUUUCAAUCUUCUUUAUCUGGACUAGAGGAGAUCAGAAGUAUUGCAACCAGAUUCGAGGAGAGAGUUUUCAGCGGUGCUUUAAACCAGACUGAUUACCUCCAGAAUAUAUCCAUGAAGAUGCGAACUCUUCAGACGAAGUCGCAAAAUGCAGCUGGUUCUUCCUCAUCAUCUAUCCCGGCCGCUGCUAAUAGUGUAACAUCAAUGGAUUCGGGAGAACCUGCCGCGAACACAGAUGACUGGAGAACUCAAGUGCCACCGGAUUCACGCCAAAGUAAUGCCUACAAGAUAAUGGAAACACUAGAGAAACGUGUUCCAAAUCUUGGACUACAAGGAAUUAACGAGCUCAUGAGAAUUGCUGUCAGCUUCGAGGAUUUGAUUUUCAAAAAUGCUAUAAAUCAGGUGGAUUACUUUCGCAAAGUGUCUUUUACUGUGGACGAGGGCGAUUAACAUUUCAGACUUAUUAAUAUCGUUGUAUUUUACUUGUCUAAACAAUAUUUAUUAUGAUUGACUAAAAUAAGAAGAAAAUUCAAAUGCAUUUGCUCUUCAUUUUUGGUAAUGUACUCAUUUGAUAUUGUACUAGUUGGCAAAAUUAAUUAAGUUAUUUUGUGCUAGGGAUUAUUAAGU